AUGAGAUAUAGAUAUUCUUCCAUAAAGGAGGAGAUAAGGAAAGUAUUGUCGAAGGGCAAGGCACCUGGUGUAUUCGUUUUAGCUUUUCAUGAUGCAGGAACCUUUGAAAUAGAUGAGAAUUCAGGUGGAAUGAAUGGCUCUAUAGUUUAUGAACUUGACAGACCUGAGAAACACAGGCCUUCAAAAACCUCUCAAGGCAAAGAUCUCUUAAAUAAUGAACAUUUGCAUGAUCCUCCACUGGCUAACUCAAUCCUUGAAAAAGCAAAGACUGAAGUGGAUGCUAUACGACCUGUAUCAUGGGCAGACAUCAUUGCUUUGGCUGGAGCAGAAGCUGUUUCUUUGUGUGGAGGUCCAAGUAUUCCACUUCGAUUAGGGAGAAUAGAUUCCAUGGUAGCGGAUGCUGAAGGGAAACUUCCUCAAGAAUCAUUGGAUGCUUUUGGUCUGAAGCGAUGUUUUCAGAGAAAAGGAACACGAGAGCUUGUUGCGCUGUCUGGGGCUCAUACUCUUGGGAGUAAAGGCUUUGGAAACCCUACUGUUUUUGAUAAUUCAUAUUUCAAAAUACUUCUAGAGAAGCCCUGGCUGUCUUCAGCUGGUAUGUCUAGUAUGAUUGGACUUCCAUCAGAUCGUGCACUCGUUGAGGAUGAUGAAUGCUCA